AUGUCAAAGGUGGGCCGCUCUUCUGCUUCGGGACACCGAGCCAUGCCACUAACGCUGCUCUGGCCCCGGCGCUGCAACCCUUCUACGGCUACUCAGGGCCGCCACGGGCCUCCCACAAUAAUGCCAACAGGGACCUGGCCGGUUACGGUUCGUAGCCUGGGGCCGGAGGCGCCGUCGAGCCUAGGCGGCUCAAAUUUUUCGACGGAUAUGCGGGUUCAGAUUAUCAUUUACGGAGGAACCAGUGGACCUUGGAUCAAGCACAUGCUUAGGUUCGGAGCGCGGAGAAUGGAGUUAUGGCGCCGACGUGUUCCACCAAGGGAUCCAGCAUGCUCCGCGACAACCUCUCCGGGCCUUUAUCAUCUUGAGUACCAUGUAGGAAGUUGCUUCGCCGUGCGGGACCGUCCGCCGUUACGGCUUGCGGUCAGCUGCCACAGACUGCGGGUUUUAUUACUUCUUAUCGUGUAUUUGUACCCCCUCGCGGUUGAAAUUUCCGUUACAAGUUGUCCAUUCGUCAGAUGUCAUUUAUUAUCUCACGCCUGGUACCCCUCAUCUCACGAUCGAGCCGCUAUCUUGGUCAGAUCAACCCUGUCUCAUGCUUCAGUCGAAUAA